AUGGAGCUUCAACGAAGGAAUAAUAAUUGAUAGUAUAUUAAAGUUUAUUCAGUUAAGUUUUAUGAAAUAUAACGAACGUGUACAGGUAUUCUAUUGAGUAAAUUAUAAAAAUCGAGACUGCUUAACGACAACUUUACAUUUUUUUAAUUGUAAAAAAUGAACGUUACAAGUAAUACCAAUAAAUUACGAUAUAAAAUCAAAGUUAGUGGUUUACCUAGGUUUUAUUCGUUAAUGGAUCCAUUAUUACAAGAGUUCUUAAAAAUGAUCAACGAUGAAUUAUUUUUGAACUGCAUUCAUGCCAGGUAUAGUAAAAAGGGAAAUGCGUGGCUAUAUUUAACAUUUUCAACUGAAAUCGAACAAGUUGCUGCUUUGAAGUUUUUGAAAAAGUACAAUUGGAAAGGAAGAUCACUCAUAAGUACACUAGUUACUGCUGAUAGACCAAAAAUGAAUGGAAACUUAAAAAUUGAAGAGGAAAAUUGUUCAUCUAAAAAACUUAAAUUAGAAAUAUCACUCACUGAACAGGUGUUAAUGUCUAUUAUUCCUUAUCAUAGUAUUGAUUACGAAGAACAACUUAGAAAAAAAAGUGAAGAAGCUAGAAUUCUAUUUCGUCGUUUGGAAACAAUCAUUGAAAGAAAACAACCUCAUUUGGCGGAAUGGUGUACAGCCCGAAAACGUUUGCUGAACAGUGAUUUAGCUUUUGAAAUAUCUCCAAUAAUACCUUCGAAUAAAAUUGAUCAUUAUCGAAAUAAAUGCAAAUGGAAUGUUGGAAUAAAUCCCGAUUGUGGCUUAGUAGCGGUUGGGCCGAGAGUGAAAGGUUUGAUGGAUGGAAUCCAUUAUGUCGGUCCACCGGAUUGCCUGAGAAAUUUGCCAAUACCAAUGAUUACUUUAGCAAAGAAAUUUGAAGAAUUUUUGAGAAUUAAUGGUGAAGAUUGGAAAAUCUGGCGAAAUAUGAUGAUACGUAUGAACGAACAUGGAGAGGUCAUGUUGUCAAUAAUUUUAAAUCAGCACAACUUUAGUGAUUUAAAACUAAUGAAAAUAAAAUCUUCUAUCUUAAAGUGGUUUACAGAAGCUAUUACUGAAAACGUUGUUUCUCUAUAUUUCCAAAUUUACAGUGAUAAAUUUUCAGCUGCUUGUGUUGAUAAACCAUUUGAAGGUGAAUUAUUAUGGGGUCAAAAAUUUCUAAUAGAAAAAUUAUUGGAUUUGUCACUGGAAAUUUCUCCAGCUACAUACUUCCGUUUAAGCAGUUUGGGUGCUGAAGAAUUAUGUAAAGUGGUAGCUGAUUUGGCUAAUGUUGACGAAUAUACAACAGUACUCGAUUUAUUUUGUGGAUCGGGAUGUUUAGCUUUAACUUUAGCCAAGAAAUGUAAGAAAUUAGUGGGAAUAGAACUUAUUAAAGCAAAUAUAGAUGACGCAAAGAGAAACGCCGCUAGAAAUGGAAUACAUAAUUGUGAGUUUAUUGCUGGUCGAAUAGAAGAUAUCUUAGAUUCCGUUUUAGAGAAGUUAAAGGGGUGUAAAGUAACUGUAAUAAUGGACCCUCCAUUAUCAGGAAUCAAUACAGGAUUAGUGAGGACUAUUCGAAAGUUCAAAGAGGCCACCAAUUUAAUUUAUGUAUGUUCAAAUCACAAAUUGCCAUUAAAAAAUUUGCUUGAUUUAUCGUUUGUUGUACAAUACUGUCAAAAGUCAAUUGAUUCAGAUCCUUUCCUUCCUCUUCGUGUUGUUCCUAUAGAUAUGUGUCCACAUAGUCUUCGAUCGGAACUUGUACUACAUUUUAAAAGAUUUAGUGCACAAGAAAUAUUAUUGAUAUCAAAUCACUGCGGUAAAAAACUUACACGUACUUAUGGGUAUCAUAAACGAUAUAAGACAUCUUUUUGUCAUAAAAAUCAAUUAACUUCACCUCUGACUCAAAAUACUCCAUCAUCAUCAGGAAAUCAUGGACUAUUAAAUUACAUAAAAAAAAUUGAAGAACGAGCGUAUCAAGAAGGAUUAGUUGAAGGGUUAGAGAGAAAAGCAUUUCAAAUGGGAUAUGCCAGAGGAAUUCAAACUGCUCUUGUAAAUGAUAACAACAAAAAUGAUGAGUGUGGUUACAGUUCUUUUUGAUUUUUAAAAUCUCUUAAUUUUUUUUUUGUAAUAAAAAUAAAAUAAUGUUAUUCAUUUCAUUGUUUAAAUUAGUUUUUUGGGAUUUGUUUUAUCGUAUUAAACAUAUAGUUUACGAUAAAAUAAAAUUUAUAAUUAUAUAUAUACAUAUGUAUAUAUAUAUGAAAAUCAUACACUA